AUGAACGAUACCGUAAUAGAUGGUCUUGGAAAAUAUCAAUGGGUAACAAUAACCAAUGUAUCAUUUGUAUCAUUGUUUGAUGUAUCCGUUCGCAACUGCUUUACAAAUGAGAGCGGGUCCGUAGCCCGGGUGUUAAAUGGCAGCGUGUUUUGGUCGACUAGAGUACGCUAUGCCAGGAACAAAAGUUUACAGAUUGGCGGUGCCAUCUCUGUCCUCAAUGGUACACUCAACUAUUCUGGUAGGAAUGGUGGAGCAGUAUCGUGUAGUUUCUCAAUAUCAUAUAUCCAUUUAUCGAUAUUCAUUAGCAACUGGUCAAACUCUGGGAAGGGCGGUGCACUACACAAUGACUUCUCCAACAGUACAGUCAGCUACUCACAAUUCUAUUAUAACCUGGCGGCAAGUAGUGGUGCCAUCGACAUCAAUGGAUUAUACAACACAAUAGAAUACUGUCGAUUCGUUCAGAAUAGAGCAAACGUUGGUGGAGCAGUAGCAGCUUAUAUCCUUACAUUCCUAGAGAUGGAUAAUAACUUGUUAAUCGAAAACACUGCCAACUUGACAUCUGGCGCAGUGUUUGUGUCGGCAGAGGCAUCGGCCAUCAUCCACGAAUCCAUCUUUGACAGGAACUACGCUCCCAACACUGGCAUCAUCGCGACGCAUGCCUCCAGUCCGCUGUCUAUCGAACGAUGUAUCUUUUACAACUCCAAAAAGGUGGUCAGUGCACAGAUUGGUAUCUUUGACAGCUAUAGCAUGAUGCGUGUUACCGACUGUUCAUUCCGGAACCUCUCCGGUCCCAUCUUCUACUCCAACGCCAUGUCCAUCUCUGUCAUAUACUACUCAUCAUUCAAAUAUAUACCAUAUACAUUAGUACAUCUUAAGCAUCAAGCUGCAAUAGCCAUUGCAGGAUGUUAUAUUGGACCAAACCAUCUGAGUAACAGUGCUAUUCUAUUGGAAUUUGGAUCAUUUGUGGCAUUGUUCAACACUACCAUGACCAGGAAUCGAGCGCCCAACAUGAUAUCAUGUCUAUAUCAAUCACAUGUACUGAUGUACAAUUGUUUCCUCACCAACAACACUGUAGAGAAUGCACUUAUAUUCGCUCGGUACGAAUACCUAGUGCUAUCCAGAGGCAACUACUACGUUGGCAACUUAGGAAAGAAUAGGGGAUGUGUAUUCGAGAUUGAUCAGACUGGUUCAAUGGCAAUGAUAGAGAGCGUGUAUGAAAGUAAUGUGGCGGUAUGGGGGCCUAUCCUAUUCCUCACCACCUCAACUAUUAUGGGACCGAGUGGCAAUGACAUUGACUGCCUUCGAGAGACAUUCUCAAACAACCAUGCGAUACAAGCCGGUCCAUUAUUCUAUUAUUAUCACAAUGUUACCAAUCGAGUGAUAUUCAGUGAUGUAAAGAUGUUCAACAACACAGACCCGUACUCCAACUCGAUCAUCGCGCGAUCCAGCUAUGAAUACUUCCUUAUCAAGAUGCCAAGACUAUUGUAUCCAUUCCAGUCGUUCAACAUCACUAUACAGGCCUACGACAACUUUGGUAAUCUGAUCGUUGGCAGGACAGACCUUGCCUUCUUCAUGAUACCAUGCAAGAAUGUCUACAUGGAGGGAGUCACAUCUGGCACACUAAACGUCAGUGGACAGGCCAUCCUUCAAGACAUCAAGAUGUCUGCCACCCCUGGCGAGAUGUGCAACCUUACCUUUGUAUCCGUACCAACUCCAUCCAUUUAUGGUGCAUACUACUUGGAGAUUGAGUUUACCAAGUGCCCAGACUCAAUGGUACACUUGGAGACAUAUGUUUACUUCUGCUUGGACGAGGUGCGCGUGUCUACAACACCAGAGAUCAUCGCUGGUGUAAUACUUUGUGUCCUCCUGGUAUUCAUCAUUCUUUGCUUUGUGAUCACAAUAGUAUUCCGCAAGAAGAGAGUGAUCAAGUACUCCAAUCCCAUCUUCCUCUGUAUCAUCCUCUUUGGCUGCGCCCUCUGUGUUAUCUCUGGUGGUACAUUCUUCCUACCAGUCAAGACAAUCAACUGCUAUGUUCCAUUGAUCAUCUUCCCCUUGUCAAUAUUCUUGGUGACCAACUCUGUCUUUGUUAAACAAUUCAGCAUGUGGCGAUUGGUCGAGGACAUUGAAUACCUACGAGACACCAUCGUCGAGAACAAGUACCUACUCAAGUUCGUCGCAGUUCUCAUGGUCAUACCAGUUAUCAUCAUUGUACUUAGUACAACAGUUGUCAAGACAGAGUCAUCAUACUAUUAUGACUUUGAUAAGCUCAACGCUAUAUUCUACUGUCGAACCAAUCACUACUAUGUGUUCCUGAUCCUCUUCCUAGUGUACCAAUCAGUCAUCCUUCUGUUUGGUUGUUACCUUGUGGUAGUGUGUAGAAAGUUCAGGAUGGUCCCUGGUACAUUCAACGAAGCAACCUAUAUUGGUAUCCUUAUAUACAACUACAUGAUCAUUCUUAUAACAUCGACACCAUUGAUAUUCAGUUUCAGGAAGGAUCCAACAGCAACCUUCUUGAUCAUUGAGUUGUGUAUAAUAUUGUUCGUAGCGAGCACUAUUACAUUGGUGUUCUUCCCAAAGUUCAACUUCUUGGUGAGGAACAGAGCAAUCAUUCAAUCAUUGAAGAAACAUAUCGAGGAGCAGGAGAACAGCAUCAGGAAGAACAAGGAGGUGCUCAGGUUCUAUCAUUUGUACAUGGAUGGCAAUGGCGUGAGCAGGGGCUUCCCCUUAAGCUCCAGUAGUAGUGGCACAAACACUGGAACUGGCACUGGAAAUGCCAAUGACAGCAUUGGUGGCAGCAACAGCAGGGCUCGAUCCAUCUAUGACUCAGACGAUGAGUACAUAGACUUUAAUCAACACAUCGAUGACAAUAGGAUCAGAAACAAGAAGAAGAAGAAGGCAUCCAAGAAGGGCAAAGCAACAGAGAAUGCUGCUGCUCCUGCUGCAGGUGGUGUUGGGACUCCCAUCAACAACAACAAUAUCACUGGCAAUGUACAACAGCCUCCGCCACCGCCACCAGCCCCCACUGUACAAUAUGUUACCACGUUGCCAGAGGAUGAGGUAGAUGACGAAGACAACAACACAGGUGACACAAUGGACUAUCGAGAAUAUCUACGCAGUUUGGAUGGCAUCAGGAACAACAGACACAAGAGCAAGUUAUCGAUGAGAGAGACGAUGAAGGAGGUAAUAAGGAGUCGUAAGUCCAAGUCGGAGCCAGCUUCGCCAGCUCACUUUCAAUAA